AAAAAAUGACUUUCUUUAAAAAAAAUUAGGUGGGAAAGAGGGGAUACUAAUAGACUGACUUAUAUUAUGGAGAAAAUUAAAGGAGUUAAUCCAUGUAAAUGGCUGAAGAAUGGCUGGCUCAUAGUACUCAACUGAUGGGUGUUAUGAUAAUUACAGUAUUGUAAUCACAGCAUAUAUGUCUCUCUAGAUUUUUAUUCCUAUGAGAAGGUGAUAACAAACAUUUAAAUGCUAGCUGUAAGUUUUACACAUCAAAUUUAAGCAUUUAAAUAUAAGCCAAAACAGUUUGAUAAUUCUGGAAUCUGGGUAAUGGAAGUUUGGUAGCUCAGUAUACUGUUAUUCUCUUUUGUGUAUUUUUGAACAUUUUUAUGAUACAUUUUAAAAUCAGAAAUGUGAUGAUUUGAAAAAGAUGAUGCUAAGCAGUCCUGAAGUAAAGAAACCUGUUAGGCUGUAUUUAAUCCUACAUUUUUCAAAAUUUUGGGAAGAUUCUGGAAAUGCUGGCCCAGGGUUUUCUGAGGGGAGAGUUUGUUUUUGUUUUUUAAAAAAUUGUCAUAGGGUUGUUAAUCCUCUGUGUUUCAUUCAACAUGACCCCCACCCCAACCCCAGUGAGGCCUGCUGCAGUCAUUUAUGUUAAGCCAGUUACAGUAUGUCAUCGGGUUGAGAAUGGUGAAACUAGAAAAAGAACUUACCAGCCUUCUAGGGCCAUUGCACCCUGUGGGCCUUUUCUAGUCCCAUAGGCCCCUUUCCCCUUCCUUCCUUGUCACCCAAAAAUUGGAUUUCUUACUGUUUCACUUAGGAGACAGGCAAAGCUUGCCUGUAAUGAAAACAUCCCUGGAGAGAUUAGACCAUGAUUAACUCUCAUUUCCAGCAUGUAAAGGCAGCAGAUUAGGUUAAUAAAUAAAUAACAUAAUACAGGGUUUUGUUUGCCUAAGAAAUAAAUGAACUCAUUCCCUGAAGUUUUUGAGAAAUACAGCUUUAGUGCUAGAACUACACAGUCAAGGUUACCCCCAGGAUUUGGAAUUAGGGACACAGGGUACACUUAAUGGUCAUAUCUGAUUCAGAAAAAUCCCUCCCGCCAACUCUUUCCAAGGCCUUCGUUUCUUUUGGUGGUAGAGCCCCAGUAGGAGAUGUGAAUGUCACCCAGAUCAGGCCAUCUUGAAGGGGAUUCCCAGGGACUAGAAGCUACCAGGAAGAGACACUAUCCCUAAGUCCCAAAGACACUUUUAUUUCAAGCCACCCCUCCAUGACGAGACGCUGGCUGUCCCUGUGUUACUCAUUAUGGUGGCAAAUGGCCAAAGCAUCCUUACCUCAGCCUGUGACUUUCCUAGUGCUUGCUAGCUCUUCUGUGUCUCCAGUAGGACUAAGGAUGUCUUGUAACCCUUGUGACUGCUUUAAAUUAUCUAAUUGUGCCCCUCAUAAAAUUGAGCUUUCUUUUUUUUUUUUUUCUUUUAAGGUAUUUUUGAUGAGAUUUAAAUCUCUAAUGGACCAAUAAAUGGAUGAAAAGAGGCUGCUGGAUCCAGGGUUGAAAGUUCGCAAAGGCCUCUGGGAUUACACUCUGAAGAAUCAGCAGAUGGAAUGCCUGAGUGACUGAAGAAAAUGGGUGCUAAUGCAUCUAACUAUCCUCAUUCAUGUUCCCCAAGGGUCGGGGGGAAUUCUCAAGCCCAACAGACUUUUAUAGGGACAUCAUCCUAUUCUCAGCAAGGCUAUGGUUGUGAAUCCAAAUUAUAUAGCCUUGACCAUGGCCAUGAGAAACCACAAGACAAAAAAAAGAGAACCUCUGGCCUUGCCACCCUCAAAAAGAAGUUUAUUAAGCGUCGAAAAUCUAAUAGGUCUGCUGAUCACGCCAAGCAGAUGCGAGAACUCCUGUCUGGGUGGGACGUGAGAGAUGUCAAUGCAUUAGUGGAAGAAUAUGAGGGAACUUCAGCCUUAAAGGAGCUUUCUCUACAAGCCAGUUUGGCUAGACCAGAAGCUCGGACAUUGCAGAAAGAUAUGGCCGAUCUUUAUGAGUAUAAGUAUUGUACUGAUGUAGACUUAAUAUUUCAAGAAACUUGUUUUCCUGUUCAUCGUGCCAUUCUGGCAGCAAGGUGUCCGUUUUUUAAAACACUGCUUUCUUCCUCACCCGAGUAUGGGGCAGAGAUCGUAAUGGACAUCAACACAGCCGGUAUAGACAUGCCCAUGUUUUCUGCUUUGUUACACUACCUUUAUACUGGAGAGUUUGGGAUGGAGGACUCGAGGUUUCAAAAUGUCGAUAUCCUGGUUCAGCUUAGUGAAGAAUUUGGAACACCAAAUUCCCUUGAUGUAGAUAUGCGUGGACUUUUUGAUUACAUGUGUUAUUAUGAUGUUGUCCUUAGUUUUUCUUCAGACUCUGAACUGGUUGAAGCUUUUGGUGGAAAUCAGAACUGUUUGGAUGAAGAGCUCAAAGCUCACAAGGCUGUUAUUUCAGCACGGUCCCCAUUUUUUCGAAAUUUAUUACAAAGGAGGAUACGGACUGGUGAAGAAAUCACAGACCGAACUUUGAGGACUCCCACGAGAAUUAUAUUAGAUGAGUCCAUUAUACCAAAAAAAUAUGCAAAAGUUAUAUUACACUGUAUGUAUACCGACGUGGUGGACCUCUCCGUUUUGCACUGCAGCCCUUCCGUGGGGAGUCUCAGUGAAGUUCAGGCUCUCGUCGCGGGCAAACCGAACAUGACCAGGGCGGAAGAAGCCAUGGAGCUUUACCACAUAGCACUGUUCCUGGAAUUUAACAUGCUGGCACAAGGCUGUGAGGACAUCAUUGCUGAGAGCAUCUCGCUAGAUACCCUAAUUGCCAUCCUCAAGUGGAGCUCUCAUCCGUACGGCUCUAAAUGGGUGCACCGGCAAGCUUUGCAUUUCCUUUGUGAGGAGUUCUCCCAGAUCAUGACUUCGGAUGUUUUUUAUGAACUCAGCAAAGACCAUCUGCUUACUGCUAUCCAGUCUGACUACCUGCAGGCAAGUGAACAAGAUAUCCUUAAAUAUCUGAUUAAAUGGGGUGAGCACCAGCUGAUGAAAAGAAUAGCAGACAGAGAGCCAAACUUGCUGAGCGGCACUGCUCACAGCAUGAACAAACGAGGCGUGAAAAGACGAGACCUGGACAUUGAAGAGCUUCGAGAGAUCCUUUCUCCUCUCCUGCCUUUUGUGCGAACUGAACACAUUUUACCUAUAAACAGUGAAGUCCUAGGUGAUGCAGUAAGUCUGUCCUCAUUGACCCCUUUCAUGAAAAGAAAAUGCACUAGAAAUACAAAAAGAGGCUUGAUCAGUACCCCUCCAUCAGAUAUGCUUCCUGCGUCAGAAGGUGGAAAGUCGAACGCCUGGUUGCGGCAAAAAAACGCUGGAAUAUAUGUCCGCCCUCGCCUGUUUUCUCCCUAUGUUGAGGAAGCAAAGUCAGUGCUAGACGAGAUGAUGGUGGAACAAACAGAUCUCGUGCGCUUGAGGAUGGUUAGGAUGUCCAACGUGCCAGACACACUUUACAUGGUCAGUAAUGCCGUGCCACAGUGCUGCCACAUGAUCAGCCACCAGCAGAUCAGCAGUAACCAGUCGAGCCCCCCUUCGGUGGUAGCCAAUGAAAUUCCAGUUCCUGGUCUCCUCACUCUGAAAGACAUGGUCCGACGCCUGCAGGAGCUCCGGCACACUGAGCAGGUGCAGAGAGCCUACGCACUGAACUGCGGAGAAGGCGCCACGGUCAGCUACGAAAUCCAGAUUCGAGUGCUGAGGGAGUUCGGUCUCGCCGAUGCUGCUGCAGAGCUCCUGCAGAAUCCUCACAAGUUCUUUCCCGAUGAACGUUUUGGGGAUGAAAGUCCGCUCUUGACAAUGAGACAGUCUGGGAGAUGUCGCGUUAACAGUACCCCCGCUGCAGAAACCAUGUUUACAGAUCUGGACUCUUUCGUGGCCUUCCACCCACCCCUGCCCCCUCCGCCGCCCCCAUACCAGCCCCCAGCCACCCCCAUCCAUAACCAACUCAGAGCGGGCUGGAAGCCAAGACCUCCCACUCAGCAUCCUUCACGCUCACUUUCCUAUCCCUGCAAUCAUUCCCUGUUUCACUCGAGGACGGCUUCCAAAGCUGGCCCCCCUCCAGUCUAUCUGCCAGGUGUUAAAGCUGCUGCCCCCGACUGUACCAGCGCCGCCGGACUGGGGAGACCGACGGUGGCCGCUGCCGCCACCGCCUCAGCCUCCGCAGCGACAGCAUCUGAGAAACAAGCGUGUGCACAGCCUGUACUAAAUGACCUAAUGCCAGACAUUGCCAUGGGUGUGUCCACACUGUCACUCAAGGACAGGAGGCUUCCAGAACUUGCCGUAGACACAGAACUAAGCCAGUCAGUCUCUGAAGCAGGACCAGGGCCUCCCCAGCAUCUGUCAUGUAUCCCACAGAGGCACACACACACGUCUCGGAAGAAACACACACUAGAGCAAAAACCAGAUGCUCGAGAAAAUCCGCAGGAAUACCCCGAUUUCUAUGACUUCUCCAGUGCCGCUUGCAGACCUUCUCCUCCCGCUCCCGGCAGACGCACCCCCUCCCCCUCGCACGGUGGAUAUUUUGGUCCUGAUUUGUAUAGCCACAAUAAGGCAUCACCGAGUGGCUUGAAGUCAGCCUACCUACCUGGCCAGACCUCUCCUAAGAAGCAGGAAGAAGCUAGGAGAGAAUAUCCACUUUCUCCCGAUGGGCAUCCACACAAGCAAAAGAACGAGCCAAUACACCUCGACAUUGUUGAGCAACCUCCCCAGCGGCCAGACUUGCCUCUGGCGGCCCCAGAAAACGCUGGCAGCGGCCCAGCGCAUGUCAGGGGGCGAACAGCAGUAGAAACUGACUUGACUUUUGGGCUCACUCCUAACAGACCUUCACAUUCUGCAGGUAACUCUGAAGCUCCAGAAGAGAGAUCCGGUAGAAGACUAGCAGACAGCGAGCCCCUGGGCCUUGGAGCCCAGCGAAACCCAGAUUUGGAAAGGGAAGAUUCAGUAAACAGAGGAAGGAGGUCACCGAGCAAACCAGACUUCCUCUACAAAAAGUCUGCCCUCUGAGCGCAACCUCCACGUCGUCUGUGCCUGAGAUGUGAAACAUCCCCCUUUCUGGUGUAACCCAGUAACUUAAGAGACCGGUUUAUUGAUGCCAGCUGAUAACUCAGUUUCACAUUAUUUUAUUCUGGGUUUUGUACAUACAUGUUUAUUAGACACGGCAUGCCGAGAGGGUUGUUUUGAAUGCUGCAUUUGUCCGUUUUGUGUUUGAGUAAUUGUGUGGGGAAGCAUUUUUAAGAGCAAGCAAGCUGGCACUUUCUUUUCUUCUUUACAGACAAUGGAGUUUUUUUGCACUUGUACAUUUAUUUUAUCUGUAUUGAUUUUGUAUCAGUAUGUUAAACUUUAUUGCCACAUUUAAAGGACUGUAUUUUCAUACUUUUUGCAUUUUACUGCUCAUCUACCAAUUUCCACGUGCACUGGAGUGCACACUAAGAUGUAUUUUCUUACGAAAUAGUUCUGUUUAUUUUUUAAUUAUAGAAAUUCCAAAGAACAGCACAUCAAAAUGCUCCUCUCUUCUCAGUAAUUGUUUCGGUUCAGAACCUUCCCGCUCUGUCUCUGUGUAAUGUUGCCAUCCUUUCUGAGGAAGCCUCGGGAGCCGGUCUUCCUUCCUCCGGCGGGAGCCCGCCAGCGUCCUGGAGUCCCCGGUUCCGCGGACAACAGGAAGGAGACGAGCCUUCGGUUCCCGGGCCAGGGAGCUGUCGCUGAGUUCACGGCGUGGACGCUGUCAGACCCGCUGCAGGUUCCGGCCGUGUGGGCUGGGGCGUCAGCCGACGGGAGUCUAACGGGCUCGGAUUUCUUUGUGGCCAGAAUCACGGAGCUGGAGGUGGCGGAGUGACUCGCGGUCCCCACCACCGUGGGGUUUCCGGUUCUGAGCGUCGCCGGCGUCCAGCUGCCGUCCAGCUGCCGUGGGGAGGGACCCUCACCGCCUUCAGCCGCCUGCUCUCGGGGCGGGGGAAACAAAACACAAACUAAAGGGCUUCAGUCUUACGGAUGUCGUUCGGUGUUUGUAAGCGCACGUUUUCUUACGAAUGUUUUCUAAAGUGUGUCUGAAUUUUGGCGUCCUAUAAAAAGUCGUGUAAUGCAUAACGCUUUGUCACCAAAAGAGAAAACCCAUUGUUUUCCAGUGGAACACUACACGUCCUACUUGAACUCCACUCGGGACGCUGGUUUGGGGUUUUUCUGAACCACUGAGCACAUGGGAUCUUUUAAGGUCCUCUCCCUUGGAAGGGCAAUGUGUGAGCUAAGGACUUCUUUUCUUACUCUCCGGUGUAAAUAUAUUAGCAUUUGAGUUUUUGAAUCACUUCAGCAUUGUGUGAGCUCUCACUUUGUAUUUGUACAGACACAUGACACACAGCCGUAGCACUUAGAGGGAAAGAGACUCUCUGCACGCUCCCUCGCGGGAGGGGUGCUUGGGAGCCUCCUCCCUGUGUGUGUGUGUGUGUGUAUAUAGAUACAUAGAUAAACUAUGAAUCACUGACACUCUUAAAACUAUGCAGGGCUAGGGAGCCUUUACAAGCUACCAUAUAAAUUAAUUACAUGCACUUUUAAGUCGGUAGGUGUCUCUUGGGUAUCAACAACUCUGAUUUCUCCUGAAACUGUAGAUCCUCUUACAGUCUUUUCGUACUUUACCCUGUGGAUAUA